AUGAUCAAGAUUGGACUGGAUACCGAUUCUCCAGACAGGCACGUAGGAUACGAUCACAACAUCUCCUACAAUGCAACCGGAUUCAGCCAAUUGCACCAAGACAAGCAGGUGCUCCCUAUCUUCAAAAAACUCAGUAAAUUCAAGCUCGAUGAUUUUCUCGGUUCCUGGGGCCUAGAUGGCAUCUACCCUUUGGUGGUGGCGAGUCAAUCAAAUGGUGGCGUAUACAUCCAUGGACGUGUGGAUGAUGACGUAGCGCGAGUCAAGCGCCCCCAGAUCCUCAUCUCAACCCCUCCCCAAGCUCUUUCGUUCCCCAAGCCGCUCUGUUCAGGCGACGAGACGUAG